AUGUGGUAUGAAAAGUCUGGCGGAUUCAACAAGUGGUUUGCUAGGGCGGGCGUCGCGGACCGUAGCUCGGAGGUCCUCGCGGCGGGAACGCUCGCCCGCCAAUGUCCCGAGCUAACGUUCCCGCCUCACCAACUGCGCCUGUGUGCGCGCUGGGCCUCGCUCUACAGCCUCCAUUGUUACACGCACGCCUGUGUGCGCGUCCCCGGCGUACGCACGUAUCUCCGCAAGGCUGUGUGCUACGGCUGCGUUGGUGUGCGGGCG